GAUAAAUGUCAAGUGUGGUUUCCGAAUGAUUUGACUGGAAAUCAGUUACAAGAAAGUUAAAUAAUGAACACGGGCAGCUUUUAAAGACAAAUGUUUUCCCUCGUGUCAUGAAAUGGUCUUGUCACGUAUAACACGUCCCGAGUGAGGCAAUAGGAAGUAAACUCCAGCAAUCGAGUUUAUCGGUCAUUGGAUGAAUCAUAUCAGAAUGGGAACGUGUAACUCUGGUAGUCGUCAGUUGAGUGGAAGUGACGGCAGUUUUAAACGUCAAUUUCCUGACAUUCAUCUGUUGUGUAAAGUACUGGAGACUACAAGCCUUUCUCCUGAAGGAUAAUUAAAACAAAUCAGCAGUACUUGUUGCUACGGUAUGGCUGGUGGGACAAGAACAGCGAAACUGUUACUCUGUCUGAUCGUUUUGCUGACUGACAUUGAGGGAGCCAUUUCAAGAUCUGCAGCGCAAAGAUGUUUUUGCGGAGUGACUGGAAGCCUGGACGACUGUACCUGUGACGUCGAAACAAUCGACUCUUUUAACAACAAGCAGUUAUUCCCAAAACUUCAAAAACUCCUCACAACAGACUAUUUCAGGUUUUACAAGGUGAAUCUUAAUAAGCCUUGCCCUUUUUGGACAGACAAUAGCCACUGUGGACUUAGAGACUGUGCAGUGGAACCAUGCACACUGAAUGAGGUGCCUGAUGGGAUUAGGUCAGGCAGCCAUAAGUAUCCAUCUGAAGCCAGUGAGGAUGCUGAGGAGUGUGAGAGAGCGGAGAAACUGGGCGCUGUCAACAGCUCUCUCAGUGAGGAGACCCAGAGGGCCCUGCGUGACUGGAACACAUACGAUGAUGAGGAAGACCGUUUCUGCAUGGUUGAUGAUGAGGAAUCUCCUGACUCGGACUAUGUGGAUCUUCUGCUCAACCCGGAGCGCUUCACUGGGUACAAAGGCCCCGAAGCCUGGCAGAUCUGGAACAGCAUUUAUGAAGAAAACUGUUUCAAGCCAUUAACUGUGAAUCGACCCCUAAAUCCUCUGGCAACAUACAGUGGGGGAAAUGAAGGAAGGGGCUUUUACAACUGGCUGGAGGGCCUGUGUGUGGAGAAGAGAGCUUUUUUCCGCCUCGUCUCGGGUCUUCACUCAAGCAUAAACAUACAUCUGAGUGCCAGGUACCUUCUGGAAGAUAGCUGGUUUGGGAAAAAGUGGGGUCACAACAUCUCAGAGUUCCAGCAGCGCUUUGACGAGAAGUUGACCAAAGGGGAGGGUCCGAAGAGGCUUCGCAACCUCUACUUCCUGUACCUGAUCGAGCUGCGGGCCCUGGCCAAAGUCCUUCCUUUCUUCCAGCAGCCCUCUUUUCAGCUGUACUCGGGCCAGGCCGCACAAGACCAGGAGAACAAAGAGCUGCUGCUGGAGCUCCUCCAUGUGGCCAAGUCUUUCCCACUACAUUUUGAUGAAACCUUGCUAUUUGCUGGAAAUAAAAAAGAAGCUGCCAAAUUAAAAGAGGACUUCAAACUGACAUUUAAAAACAUCUCUAGAAUAAUGGACUGUGUGGGUUGUUUCAAGUGCAGGCUCUGGGGCAAAGUACAGACUCAGGGCCUUGGCACAGCGCUGAAGAUCCUUUUCUCCGGGCGACAGAUCGAAAGCCUGCCCAAGUCCCCGGGAGCCCAGCUCCCAUUCCAGCUCACCAGACAGGAGAUAGUGGCUCUCUUCAAUGCUUUUGGGAGAAUCUCAACCAGUGUAAGGGAGUUGGAGAAUUUCCGGUCACUGCUGUCGAAAGUCCAUGUUGACUUGUGAUGAGAAGUCACAUGCACUGGUAGAUCUGCCCAAGUAUCCUAGCAAAGGCACACUCCAUCCGGCAUGCAAACACAGGGACACUGGAUCUGCUACAGCAGCUCAUGUAUUUCAUUUUCAUAUGCGUCUCGUGCGUGUAAUGCUCUGUUAUGUGAUACAGGUGUGAGAUCGUUAUACAUCAUGAUGGAGUAUACUAUUUUCACACCUGGAAUGUAAAAGGUGUGUUUCUGAAAUACACAAGAGCUGUUUUCAAAGCAGAAUGUCAGUCAGUUUAACUGUCCAGAAUGCUUAGGCCAUAUUAACAGUACUUACUCACUCAAACCAAACAGUAAUAUAACAGCCUACAUGAGUCAUUUCGACUGGCAUUGCUAAAUUGGCUGCAUUUUACAUUGAAAAUAUAAGCAAGCACUGAAUUGCACAAAUAGUGCAUACUUAUCUCAGGGUUACGGAGUGCACUUAUUGAAAGUAAUUUGUUUUGUAGUUGCUGCACUUAAAUUUAAUUCGUAUUGAAAUGGAGGUGAAAUGAUGUGUUCAAAUUAAUGCAAUUCCAUUAAACCUUGCCAUUACGAAUCCAGUUGUUGAAUGCUCUUUGUUUUCCUCAUGCAGUUUUUGUACUUGAAUUUUAAAUGUUGCUAAAAUAGUGAUGGAAUUGUGUGCAUUAAAAAGAGAAUUUCCAAAAA